UCUCUCUCUCUCUCUCUCUCCAUGAAUCAGGUGAUUGCACUCUGGCAAGGAGAACUACCUUCAACACUCCUUUUUCCGGGAAUGCGACCCUGUAGGGUGGAAAGGUACGUGGGGAAGCCGACCUUUUGUGGCAACUGGCAGAAGUGGGGGCACAGGGUGUGGCAGUGCGACGGGAAGACCAGGUGUGGGUUCUGUGCCGGGAAUCACGAUUCCAAGCUGUGCAGGGAGAAGAUAGACAAACCAAAGUGCCCAAACAGUUAUCAGGAACACUGUGCCUGGAGCUUCAGAUUUCCACUCAGACCGGAUUCACACCUCCAUACCGCCAAGGGUCAAAUGACACCAGCGGUACCUUCUCCCAGCGAGUUCCCCCCUUUGCCUCAGGGGACUCAUCAACAUACACACACUCACCACCCGGCGCCACCUCACCAUCUUUCAUCAGGCACCAACAACCACCCCUCACUGCCCACCACCACCCAACCCUCCCACGUGACCGAUCAAACCUGGAAUCGUCACCAACCAUCACCGAUGCAGGCUCAGGGAGCCACCCCGAGCGCUUCCUCCCCAUUACCAGUACUAACCCCCAGUGCUUUCCCCCUUUGCCUCGGGGGACUCGUCAUCAUGCUUCACAGCCGACUCACCAACCACCCGGCGCUACCUCACCAUCUCCCAGCAGGCACCAACAGUCACCCCUCACUGCCCGCCACCACUCAACCCUCCAAGGUGAACAAUCAACCCUGGAGUCGUCACCACCCAUCAACGAUGCAGGCUCAGGGAGCCCCACACCAGGCCAGCCCGUCCCAUGCUCAGACCCAGCCCGUGCUUUCGCCCACCACCCCCAAUCCGGAUGCUACGGAGAGAUCGACAGCCAGCCAAGCACCCACUGCUGCCAGCGAUGUCAGUGCUACGAUCAUCAGGGAGAUACAAGCCUUACGCCAGGAAGUCAGGGCACUGAGGGAAAACAACGAGAAAAAACAACUAUACAAGGAAAACCAGGACCUAAAAGCUGUGUGUGCAUCACAACAAGCCAACCAAGAUUCCCUCCGGAACGAAACACAGGCCAUAAAGGAUCUCCUGACUCAGAUUGUGGCGGACACCAGAGCCAACACGCCAACACACGGGGAGGAGGGACUGACAAUGGAGACAGCCGCUCACGUCACACCCCAUAAACGUGACAUGAUAGAAUGGGCUUCCUAUGCCAGUGAACAGAUUAAGACCAUUCGUGAAGAGAAGUGGCUUGAAAACAUGAGUAAGUUGAACCAUGAUGCCAGCAUGACGCAGGUGUGGAGACAAGUGAACCGCGUCAGAGGCAAACACACACCAAGCCUCCCCGCCUCCCUGAUCCAGCGGGGAAGGCAUCUCAGUUAAUGAGGGAGUAUCGGGAGCGAGCGGCAAGUGACAGUCUGCCUGAAAACGUCAAGGAGGCUAAAAAUAACCUACACCCGGCCAGGGAGGCUGGUGCCGCUGCGGCCGUGCGCCUACCACACCACACCGACGCCCCAUAACGAAGGAGGUGCUGCUGGGAGCGAGGAAGACAAGCCGGGACACACACAGCACCCGGGGUGGAUGGCAUAACGCAUUCCAUGGUGAAUGCAGUGUGUAAUGUUGCGGGGAAGCCACUCUUACACCUGUACAACAUGUCCCUAUCACAGGGAACACUCCCUGAAGCAUGGAAGACACCAAACAUUGUCCCCAUACCAAAACCAGGUGAGGGACACAAGUACCGCCCGCUCAGCCUUACCUCAACGAUAUGCAGAAUGCUGGAAAGAAUACUGCUCACUCGCCUUACCUACAAAACGGGGCGCCUACAUUUUAGUGUGAACGGUUUUGUUAAACACAGAAGUACUGCCAACUGCCUCUCCAACUACUUCUCUUAUCAUCAAGCCAAGACAGCAGUGUUCCUCCACAUU